AUGAAUCGAUGUUCAAAUUCACUAUCAUUCUAUCAAAAUGAUUAUGAACCACGUGUAUUCGAUUAUAUUCCAACGAAUUGUUAUGAUUGUUUAUCAUAUCGUGAUAUUAUACUAACACAAUUAACUACAAUUCCAGCACGAUCAUUUGCAGAUUUUAAUUUAGGUUCACGAGAUACUAAUAUGAUAUUAAAUGGACAAUUAAAAUUAAUCUUUCAACCAUAUGCAUUUCAAUCACUCAUUGUACAAAAACCAAAUAAUACUUUAACAAUUACAUUUGCAGCACCAAAUUCAUGGUUAAAUAUAACAGAAAAUACUUUUAAUGGUCUUGAUCUUCGACCUUAUUCAACAUUACGUAUCAUUAUUAAGUUCUUCUAUGGUUGUACAUUUCAAUCAAAUUCUUUAUCAGGUAUUAAAAUGGGUAAACAUUCUCGUUUAAUUAUUGAUAUCUCAUCUGUUACUCAAAUUAAUUUUCAACCUAAUAUUAUUGAACAAAAUGAAUUAACAUCAUCUGUUGAUUUUCUAAUCUCACGUACUGAUACGAUUGUAUUUAAUUCAUAUUCAUUUUCAUCAUUAAAUAUUAAUCCGAAUCAAACAGUAUCAUUUCAUUUUGAAUUGAUAUCACAUAUAUAUUUAAAAUCUUAUUCAUUUCAAUCGUUACAAUUACAAACAUCAAGUUCAUUUCGUUUCUAUGCAUUAUUUUUAAAUCGUUUAACAAUUGAUUCUUAUGUAUUUCAAAAUAUGUCUUUAGAUACAAAUUCAAUAUUUAAUUUAACAAUUCAAACAUUAGGUGCAUGUUUAUGUUUAAAAUCAUAUACAUUUGAUAAUAUACAUCAAAUACCCGAAAGUCAAAAUAUUAAAAUUUUAUUAGCAUUUAAUACACUUCGUGGUUUAUCAUUUUUUUCAAAUACAUUUUCAAAUUUAUCUUUAAAUAAUGCACAAAAUCAAUUACAAAUUAGUUCAGAUAAUCCAUUAAAUGAUCCAAAUCCUAUGAUAAAUUUUGCAAAAGAUACAUUCUCUUCAAUUAAUCCAGGUUUAAUCACACUAAAUUUUUCCUCAACUUCAGUAAUUCGAUUCGAAAAGAAUUCUUUAAAAACAGACGAUCUAUUCUAUAAUAUUCAUUUCAAAGAUAUUAUAUUAGUUGAUUUAUCAUCACUCAAUUCAAGUAGUAUUAAAACAGAUAUGAACUUAUAUUUUGAUCGUGUUCGUUAUGUUAAAUGGUUUAAAUCAACUGAAAAAAAUCUAAUUAAUCAACGAUCUAUAAUUCAAUUUCAUUUUAAUCAUAUUUCAAGUAGUUCAUGUCUUAUAUAUGAAGCUCCUCGUUCAAUACCUUGGUUAUUUUCAAAUUCGAAUACAACGAUAUGUAAUUGUCCAUUACUUUUUGCUUAUAAACUUGGUCAAUUAGAUGGACAAUUCAUUCCUUGUAUACAUGCGCUAUCUGGUCAUGAAACAGCAUUUAAAAUGGAUGAAUGUCAUUUUAAUCGUAAAGAAAAUCUAUGUUCUUCAACACUUCAAACUUUAAUGGAUUUCAAUCAUAAUGCAACAAGUUAUUCAACAAUAACAAAUUCAUUAGAAUUAGAUAAUUCAUUAAUUCGACAAUUGUAUGAUAGAAAUUAUUUAUCAUGUUCAUAUAAUUAUUCAUCAUAUUCAUCAACAUUUAUUGUUCGUACACGUUUAUUUAAUAAUUUAGGUCUUGUUAUUGGAAUUAUUCUUGCUAUAUUUAUUAUUUUACUUAUUCUUGUUAUGGCAUUAUUAAAUGGUUUACAAUAUAAAAUGAGAGAAUAUGAUGAAUCAUGGACAUGGAGACGAAAUAUGUCUUGGACAUCAUUACGACGAACAAUAUCUCAAACAUCUUUACGACGUUCAAGAAGAGAUUUACGUACUAUAAAUGGAACUGUAACAACAUCAAAAUCUGAUAAUCAACUUGAUCGUUUAAGAUAUGAUCAAGCCGAUAGUGAUGAACAAGAAUUAGAUCAUGAUUAUAUUCCAUCACAAUGUAUACAUACAUCAAUCCAUGAAAACUUAAAAAAAGCUAAUCCAAUAUAA